UUGGUGCCUGCUUUUGAGUGCUUUCAGAAUUGUUCACCUUUCUCUUUCUUCUCGUCCCAUUUAUCACAACCUAUCUGCACCACACAGAAACUACUACUGCGCGUAGUAAAGAUUCAAGCUUUCGACAUUCUUGCACCUUGAUCUGUGCUUUUGGCGGAGUAUAAUAUUUUUUCAUAGACUAAAAACAAGAAAGAUAAGCUGGAAUGUAUAAUUGACCAUUAUGCGGUGGCUGAGCUUGUCGAUUGAUGUGUUCCGUUUUGUUAUCCCCUUGAAUUUGUAUUGCAGAGUUAUUCUAUAAAUUCACAUCCUCUCAUUGAACUACACCCUUUGUAUUUCGCAAUCUUUUUGAGUCGAAAUCCAUGGGAUCCAAUCACUUCCCCUCAUGUGUCUGUUUCUUUUAUAUUCUAUAAAUUUGGCCAACAGUUUCUCAAUUUAGUCUUCCACUUUCUCGAUUUUGGCUAGCUUUUCAUUUCUCGACUAAUUAGUUCUUUUAUACUGGAAUUUGUCUUUCAGAUUUUGUUCUCUUUUUCAUUUAUUUAGCUUGGAUUAAACGAACGUUCUAAUUUUCAUUCUGAAAGUACUCUAAAAAAGUCGAGAGUAGUUAUGGUGUGCCAAGCAGCGAGCCAGACGAGGUUCAGGGCACUUAAACAUGAGAAUGGGAUUUCUGGAAAAACAACCAUUAUUGUUAGAGUUAUAGAAUGCUUUCAACAUCUACAGAACUGCCAGGCUGAAUAUUUCCGCCACUUGCUGAAACCCGUCACCAAUCCUAUCGGCAGACUAACUAAGAUCAUUGCUUUUUUCGGCUGGAUGUUUACAGCUAAGGACUCUCAAACAUUUCGGCAGUUAUCUGCUCCUAAAUUACCCGAUCUUGAUCGAAUGGCACAUGUUGCAUUUCAUGAACAGACUAAUUCUUAUUUACAAGCCGGUGAGUUUUUCAAAUUCCCACCUCAGCAUUGGAAUAUUACCUACCCUGCUGAAAAACCCGGCUUCAGAAAUUCCCAAAAUGCCCUUCCACAUGGGCUCGGGAUUCCGGAGAAGCCAGUAAUCACACUACUUAUUUUUUUAGCCCUUCCAUUUAUUCCCCGCCAAAUACCGUUACGGUUACUUGACGGUGGGUACAAGAAAUUAUCAUCAUCAUUGGUGAAUUCGGAAAGUUUCGAAAAUGGGGAUGUUAGCUCGUGCAAUUACGAGAAUGAUUUUAAUUCGAGUAAGAGGGACAAAAAGGUAAAGAUACGCGAAACGUUGAAAAUUCUUGGAAGUCUUGUUCCGGGAUUGGAAAGUAAUAAAGACCCGGCCACCAUAAUCGAGAAGGCCAUUGUUUAUUUGGAAUCAAUGAAAACCGAAGUUGAAGCUCUCGGGCUCACGUGCACCGGGAGCGGAUUAUCCACUCACUCUUGA